GUUUCAUAUUUUUUACAAAAAUGGUUCGACAAGGUAUUUCUUUUUGUCUAAGGGGAGGUAAAUGUUAAAAUUAAUCAGCUAUGCAUUCCAAGUAAACUUUCUGCAAGUAGAACUCUGGACUGAAAUUCUAUCUUUUCUUUGUGGUAAGAUUGGCUAUAGUUACUGGGUUCGAAUCUUAGUGGAAACACCAUCAUUCGCAAGGAUGCAGGUUCGCCCGGCUGACGAAUCCCAAAUAGGAAUAGGUGUUUUGGAUUCCACCACCAAUCAUGAAGUAAAAAGCUGUUAUAUAAUUAAUAUCCUGAAAGUAUA